CCUUCCCGGGGGCCGCUGACGCCCCCAGCCCCCCAUUUCCAGGGUGUCGCCCGCAGCCCUGCGCGGUCGGGCCUGGCUGUCUCAGCCUCUGGUUGCGGGCGGGAGCGCGGCCCCGCCCCCGCGGCCCUCGGCGACCCUGCGCGGCCGCCCUCCGUCCGCGCCCGGAACCGCGCUCGAGGACGGCUGAGGCCGCAGGAGUGGUUGGAAGGACAAUGCGUGUAAGUCUUUGACACCAUGAUAUCCAUCAGACAAAGAAAAGGAAUAAAAACCACAGAAGUUUCUGAGGAUUAUGCAGCACAAGAGGAAAAUGUGAAAUUGGAAAAUAAAUUGCCAUCUGGUUGUACCAGUGGAAGAUUAUGGAAGAUUCUGUCAUUUACAAUUGGUGGAACAGUUGCCCUGUGCAUUGGACUUCUUACGUCUGUCUACCUGGCCACUUUACAUGAAAAUGAUUUAUGGUUUUCUAAUAUUAAGUUGUAGUUCUGUAUCCUGUUUCUACAGUGACAAUAGAUAUUUAAAUAAAACUAGGUCAUGUAAACACAGUAGACCUAACUUCAUUUCAGGAAGUGGAGCGAGAAAUCUCCUUCAGAACAGAAUGCGGACUGUAUUACUCCUACUACAAGCAAAUGCUGCAGGCUCCAACCCUCAUGCAAGGUUUUCAUGGCUUAAUGUAUGAUAACAAAACCGAAUCUAUGAGGACAAUUAACCUCCUUCAACGAAUGAAUAUUUACCAAGAGGUCUUUCUCAGUAUUUUAUAUAGAGUUCUACCCAUACAGAAAUAUUUAGAGCCAGUUUAUUUUUAUAUUUACACUUUAUUUGGACUCCAAGCAAUCUAUGUCACAGCGCUUUACAUAACCAGCUGGCUCCUUAGUGGUACAUGGCUGUCAGGACUAUUGGCAGCUUUCUGGUAUGUCACCAAUAGAAUAGACACUACAAGGGUUGAGUUCACCAUCCCGUUGAGGGAGAACUGGGCGCUGCCGUUCUUUGCAAUUCAGAUAGCAGCAAUUACGUAUUUCCUGAGGCCAAACUUGCAGCCUCUUUCUGAAAGGCUGACACUUCUUGCCAUUUUCAUAUCAACUUUUCUCUUUAGUCUGACAUGGCAAUUUAAUCAGUUCAUGAUGCUGAUGCAAGCGUUAGUGCUGUUCAUCCUGGACUCCUUGGACAUGCUGCCAGCAGUGAAGGUGACAUGGCUGUAUGGUAUACAGAUAACAGGUUUGCUCCUGGUCUGCGUUCUUCAGUUUCUUAAUUCCAUGAUUCUUGGAUCAUUGCUUAUCAGUUUUAACCUUUCAGUAUUAAUUGCAAGAAAACUUCAGAAAAAUCUGAAAACUGGAAGCUUCCUUAAUAGACUUGGGAAACUUUUGUUACAUUUAUUUGUGGUUUUAUGUUUGACGCUUUUUCUCAACAACGUUGUUAAGAAAAUUCUUAACCUGAAGUCAGACGAACACAUAUUUAAAUUUCUGAAGGCAAAAUUUGGGUUUGGAGCAACAAGAGAUUUUGAUGCAAAUCUGUAUCUGUGUGAAGAAGCUUUUGGCCUCCUGCCUUUUAAUACAUUUGAAAGGCUUUCAGAUACUCUGCUCUUUUAUGCUUACAUAUUUGUUCUGUGCAUCACAGUGAUUGCAGCGUUAGCUGUGGCCUUCCAUAAUCUCAGUGAUUCUACAAAUCAGCAAUCCAUGAGCAAAAUGGGAACGUGCACAAUCGGCCUGAGACCAGAAGCUGCCUACAACUUAAUACAUACCAUUCUGUUCGGAUUCUUGGCCUUGAGUACAAUGAGAAUGAAAUACCUCUGGACGUCACACAUGUGUGUGUUUGCGUCAUUUGGCUUAUGCAGCCCUGAAAUAUGGGAGUUACUUCUGAAGUUGAUCCAUCUUUAUAACCCAAAGAGGAUCUGUAUAAUGCGAUAUUCGGUACCGAUAUUAAUACUCCUGUAUCUGUGCUAUAAGUUCUGGCCAGGAAUGAUGGAUGAACUCUCCGAGUUGAGAGAAUUCUAUGAUCCAGAUACAGUGGAGCUGAUGAACUGGAUUAACUCUAACACUCCAAGAAAGGCUGUGUUUGCUGGAAGCAUGCAGUUGCUGGCCGGAGUGAAGCUGUGCACGGGAAGGACCUUAACCAACCACCCGCACUACGAAGACAACAGCCUGAGAGAGCGGACCAGAGCGGUUUAUCAGAUAUACGCGAAGAGGUCUGCAGAGGAAGUGCACGCCCUCCUGACGUCCUUUGGCACCGACUACGUAAUCCUGGAAGACAGCAUCUGCCACGAGCGAAGGCACCGCCGGGGCUGCCGUCUGCGGGACCUGCUGGACAUUGCCAAUGGACACAUGAUGGAUGGCCCAGGAGAGAAUGAUCCUGAUUUGAAACUUGCCGGCCACCCUCGCUUCUGUGAAGAGAUAAAAAGAAACCUGCCUCCCUACACAGCAUACUUCACGAGAGUGUUUCAGAACAAAACGUUCCACGUUUACAGGCUGUCCAGAAGCAAGUGACAGAGCUUUCUGUGCAGUCUCCAUUCUGAUACCUGAAACUCCGUCGUAAUGGAACUCAGCAGGUGACAUUUUAGCCGUGGUUAGGUGGCUGAACCUUAACGCUGUGAUGCAGUGAGUUCUACAGAGGUUUACCCCAGUGUUAGUACCCUUGGAAGCAGCUUAUACAAGCUAAGUCUUUCUCGUCUUGUCUCAUGAAUGUUCUUUAGCCUGAAUGUUCUCAGCUUUCUAAGAGUGAUCUGUGAUUUUGUGUUGGGGGGAACAGUAAGUGUUCUGUAGGUAGUCUGAACAGCCACGUAUCAUGUUGGAAAUCCAGAGCCUGUUCAGGACUUGAAAUACUUUUAAUUUUCAGUUGACGUAAGACAGCUAUGGUUGAAUCUUAUUGAGGGGAUGCAUAAUUAAAUUAUUUAAUAUUAUUUCACUAAUGAAGACCAUGUGCUGGCUUUUUUUAAAAAAAAGCUUUUUAUUGUCCUGUUUCACCUAAAAAUUUUAUAAUAUUUUCCAAGUGUCACACUUUUAAUAUUUCAAAAAAUCAUGUCAGGUCUUUGUAUGUAUCUAAAACUUUUUGUUGUGCUCUGUCUGAACUGUAACAUGUAGUACUUCAGUAGUAUGUGUCAUGUAUUGUGUGUGUGUGUGUGUACAUGUGCAUGUGCGGGCAUGUUUUAUUGCUAGACACAGAAAAAUGUUACAAGUUCCAUACUGUAAGUCCUUAAAGGAACAGAAAUGUUAUGCAGCCAAGUAGAAUUUGUUACUGUUUAGUAUUAUUUUAAAACCUAUUGAUACUAUUUAACCUAUCCUGCAAGUAAGAAAAUUUUUCUUUAUUUCUUAACUCAUUUAAAUUUACUGGGUUUGCAGAAUUUUGUAAACUUUUUGUUUUUAGCCUUUGUAUUUUUUACAGCCUAGAACCUUGUAAAGUCUGAAUAUUUUUUAAAUGUUGUAUCUUAACUAAUUCACUAAUACACUAUUUUUGGCAGAGAGCAUUUUCAUACCAAGUUUGAUUUGUGGUCUCCAGUCUUCCUGUGAGGGCCCUGGUGGCGUCAUUCUUUUCCUUACUAAACAGUAACCAAGUGCCUCUGGGUCAUGCUGAUGUGUAAACAACAAAGAAGGUUGUGUGUACCUCCUCAAAAAUUUUUGAUAAUUGCUUUUAUAAUUAAUUUCUAAUGAUGGGAACAUGUAAAAGUUGCUGAUAAGAGCAUAUUGUGCAUUUAAUUAAAUCAAGAUGGCUAAUGAAAUUGACUUCCUCCCCUCUUCUUGCCAGUUGGAAAUGAUUUAAAUGUUUCUCCUUGAAGUUGUAUUGAAGUAAAUUACCAUAGGCAUCAAGAUGGAUAUAUCACAUGUUCAAAUGACUUUAUAUCCAGUUACUACUUAGUAAGCAGUAUUCAAAAAGAAAUUUUACAUUGUCGUGUCAUGUUGGACUCAAGGAUAGUUGGCUUUUAUCAAAACUUAUUUGAAUGAAAAAAUUGACGGUAGCUGGGUUAUUAAAUUAUACAACUGAAACUCCUGAAUUAUGUCUUUCCUGCAUCCCUUAAUAAGGUUGGAGACCACUGCAGUUUAGGAUCGUAUAAUAAUCAGACAUUUUAAUCAGCACUAGAACUGUAAUGAAGCCAGUCCGACGAUGCAUGCCUGUUGUUGCUGACAGCAUGGGUCAGUACGUCCUCAGCCAGUGCCUUACUCCAAAGGAAAGCAAGCACAUGUAAGGUACAACCCGUCAGACUGUGUUGUUUCAUUUUUAAAAUGCCCUGUUACUUUCUCAGAUAUACUUCAGUUUAUUUGAAAUGUUCCUAUAUGCACUAAUCUAAGCAUUUGGGUAUUUGGAGUCUCAAUAUACAGGGAAGAUGUAGUUAAAUUUUGAUUCUUUUCCUGACCGCAUUGAUGGGAUCCAGUAACCAUUUUUCAUGUUUAGGUGCCAUUGUUGCCAAAACACUGAGUGUUCAGUCUUUAGUGAAAAAUAUAAAGUGCCAAAAAAAUCUUGCAAGACAGAAUCCACGCAUACUUUCCAAGACACUGUGACCAUGUAUAGUAGACAUUUUUAUUUCCUAAUGACCAAAUCUCUCAGUGAGUCAUGUUAAAUAUUUUUAUUACUCGUCAGUAUUCUCUCUUAUGACCUUCUCAUUGGAGUACACGGAAGGAAGGAGGGAAAGCGACUGACUCCUGGCUCUCUACCAAGCCAAAGCAAGGGACUGCGGCCUCAGCUCCCGCCACACAGAUCACAGCUCUUGGGGGCUGUAUUCAGAUUCGGUGAUAGCCUCAAAUUGUGGCUGUUGUUGAUGGAUAGAAUAACCACUUGAUUUUGCUUCCGAGCUGGCAUUCAGAAGAACCUCGAAGUACAAUAAGUGCUCUUAAUUAGCCUCUGCUUCCGUGACUCCUCAGAGCCCUUGGCAGUCUCCAUCCCUCUUGUAAGCUGACUGUCUGCCUAGCACACUGGGGCUGCUCCCUGCUGUUCUCACAAGCUUCUGCCCCCUCCCGUGAGUGCUGUGCCCCUACCAGAUUUCUCUGUGCCAGUUCCACUUCUGACUGUAAGUACACAAUUCAACACACACCUAGGAAAUGUGGCUGUAAAAAGAAAGGGUUAUUUCUGCCAAGAUUAACUUGAAUGUUUUGGUAAGAUUUGAUAAAGGUCGAGUUGCUAAUAAAAAUUGCUUUUAAUUAGGUGUGGUUGGGGAAAUUAUAAAAUACUAGGAAAACAUAAAAUUCAGGAAAAUUUCUGAGCUUAUAUUGCUUCAUAGAUUUAUUUAAGUAUUCAUUCCACCUUUAAAAAAUCUAGACUGAUCAGAAGGUCUUAAAAUGUACCCAAAUCAUAUUAUUGGUAUGAUUUAUUCAAGAAUAGAACUACAGUCGUUGGACCCUUGUGCGAAGGAAAGGCCUUGGCUUCACAUCAAAAGAUGAGCCAACGAAUGUACAUUACGCAUUUAAAGGUAAGGUUCCCUACUGUAACCUGCCUACUCCAUUAAAUGACCAACUGCUGAUACUGAUCACAGUGGCUAAGAGAGAUUCUACUGCAGUUGAAAGGCUCCAGUCUCUUUUAUUACAGACUUAAAAAAUAGGGCCUCAUUUCAGCUGUGCUAGCCAGAAGCGUAGUUGUUAUCUAGGGGUUUGUUAUCCCCUCGAAGAUGAUUUUCCUGACCUCUGUGAGAUCACCUAGAUAAACGUGUGUUGUGUGGGUGGGUGCCCCCGGGUGGCAAGGACAUAUGUAGAUAUCUGGUCUGCAUUUUUACUUCACAAUUAACUAAAAAAAGGUUUAUUCUGAUUCCACAUAAACUUUGUCUAAGAUGUAACAAUUUUAGUUCAUCUUUGGCCAAAACCUACCUGAAUUAACAUAGAAAUGUUCCAUUUUUAAAAUUUCAUUGAAACCUGAGAAUUAAUAGGAAGAUACUGCAAUGUUUUCAGAUCAUGUAUCUUGGUUAAUAUGCUCCCAAAUGCUUUACAUAUUACAAACUUUUGGCCUAGAAGAAAGUGCUUGUUUGUUCAUGGGAAAGAAAACUUAAGACGAAAGAGUGGCUUACUUUCUUGUGGCAUUAAUUUUCUGUAUUUAACAUCCUCUGGACUAAAAUCUUACAAAGAGCUUUUAUAAUUUGUUGUACUGAAUUGUGUGGAGAUUACCUACUAAAUAAAGCUCUCUUAAGUUACACAA